AGGGUAUGACAGACAUUCAGGAAAUUGCUUUGAAGGAGAAUCUAGAAGCCUUCACAAAGACAAGAACAAAUCAGAGAGGACUGACGGAGAAAAUGAACACAAAGCUUCCACUCGCUGUCUUGCUCGCAGUUCUUUGCACAGUCUCUCAGGCUGUCCAGGUUAAGGAGGGAGAAUUCAGCUUCUCACUGGAGUCUGUCAAAAUGCUGAAGGAGCUGAUGGACAGCAGUGUCCCCAGAAACCCCAACCCACGGCUGGCGGCCACCACGACCAGAGACAUCUGCAUCCACCCUGCCUUGCCUGAUGAAUUCAAACAACUGUGUAGGACCAAGAAGGCGAGCGUGUCAAUGCACCGACUUGGUGUCAUGGCACUAAAUUCGGACAUAUGUGAGAUCUGCGCAUUCGCCGCCUGCACCGGCUGCUGAGAUGCCCGAACCCCGGUUGGAAGUUGGUGGAAAAAAGCCGCGCUACGUGCAGUCCAGUAACCCUCGGCAGACCUUAAAGCCUGCUGUUAUCGAUGAUCAGCUUCUCAUCCCUAAAAGCUUGUUAACUACCAUAAAAGGGGAGGGGGUGCUGUUUGAGGGGUUUUGGGGGGAAUUUUGUGCAAAUCAAUAAAACAAAUUGCGAGAAACUUUUUAUUUCACCUUUAUAAUAUAUAUUAUUUGUACGACAGUGCGAUGAUUGAAACAACUUUUUACCGACUUUGUUACUAUUACCAACUUAUUUCCCUGUUUUUUUAAGAACUGCUCUUUGUUUUCAUAAGUUGUAAGUUGUCUGUUAUUACAUAUUUAAAAUAGAGUAGAUACUAUUUUUAUAGCUACUAGUGGUUUGUAUCUGUAAGUUGACAUUGUUUAUUCAUAUUUCAAGCAUUUAAUAAAACACUCUAAAAAA